AAAAAAAAAUAUCUUUAAAUAUUAUCAAAAAUAAACACAAUAUCAUAAAAAGCUGCUCCGCAAAAGCGAAACAGCACUAAGAUAUCUUCGUGGACGAACAAAUUAAAAAAGAGUUAGUACGAUGAGCAUGAGUGAUGACGACAGAGAUAUUGAUAUCGAAAGUGACGAUGAUAACGACUCAGAGAAUGGCUUAGGCUCGUCAAGACACACAAGCACAGCUAACUUUACACAGGCGGAAAAACGCGCUCAUCACAAUGCUUUGGAGCGUCGACGACGGGAUCACAUAAAAGAAAGUUUUACAAAUCUUCGCGAGGCAGUGCCCACGCUCAAGGGUGAAAAGGCUAGUCGUGCCCAAAUACUCAAAAAGACAACCGAAUGCAUACAAACGAUGCGACGUAAAAUCGCCGAAAGUCAAAAGGAUAUAGAAGAAAUUAAAAAGCAAAAUAGUAUUCUAGAUGAACAAAUUCGUCGAUUAGAAAGUCCCAACUCAAAUGGUUAUUCGGAUUUAGUAGUGGAAGGCGAAGAAGCCGACUCCGAUGCAGACGUGGAUCCAGAGCAGCCAGACUUUAACAGACGCAACAAAAAGAUGAAAACUUUUCAUGCAUAGCACAGGUUAACAGUGCAAUGCGGGAUGCAACACUAUACCGCCUUUUGCAACAUCCUUAAGACGCGGUACUAUCAUUAUCAUUAGGUUUUAAGUGAACAGUACGUUUCCGACCCACUUCAUGUGUGUUUUUGUACUUGGCGGCAUUGUGCAACCAAUCUAUUUUUCCACCAACAAUCGUCAGCACUAAUAAAAUUUGUAAGUAUAUUUUAGAAAAAA